UAUCGCAUUAGCAAUAGAAGUGAUGGUGUAGCUGGUGCAUUGUACAACCUACAGGCGAUCGGAUUUUUCCUGCGAAUUGGAAAGUAGAACAGAGAACAGAAAUCGAUUGGUUUCUUUAAAAGCUGCCAUACCGUAUUAGGUCUAUGGUAUAUUAGUCGCUCACUAAUUGAGCCUCAUCAACGGCAAUUAAACGAAGCGAUAAGAAAAUCCCACGUUCUAUUACCACCAAUUCUGCAUCUCAACUCGCGGGGAGAUAUAUGAAACUCGGAGAGAAAUUCAGAUUGAAGGCUGGCUUACACGGUGACAUUGUCGAGAAUUGAAAUUGCUUCUUACUACAACUACGUGAAUAUACGCAUAUAUUGCCCGAGUGGCGAUGAAGAUUAACGUAGGUGCGUUUAUAAGCGGUGGUUCUCAUCUUACACGCGAAUGGGGUAAAAUCACUUCUCGCAACUGACAAUGAGCUUGCGAUCUCCACGAACAGCAUAGCAGUGUAAAACGCAGGAUAGACAAGUGUCGAGAAGACUUGGAACUGUCUAGUUGAGAACAGGCGUUAGGAGAAGAUCCUGAUGAAUAUAAUGCAUUGCGUCAUCUCAUUCCCCAUAAAGCACAGUGGGGAUUUAUUGGAACGGUCAAAAGCACAGACCGAAUUCAGUGCAGAACCAGUAACGGCGAAAGAUCUUCCAAACAAGAAAGUACAAGGACUGUGGAAAUAAAGAAAUAUGCCGGACAAAAGUGUCAGAUCCAAUGUGAGGUCACGGAUAAAAAAUUUCGCUAGCGAGGCGCCGUAUUUCUGCAAAGUAAUCGAACUCAUCCUCUGCGUCAUAGCGGUAGGAUUGAUAGUGGAUCCAUUCAACAAUCUCCAAAUGAAGCCGGACGUGAACCACGCUGGACUCAUUCAUGUUUCGAUGUGCGGUUACAUUUUGAUAAACGCAAUCAUCAUUCUGUGCUAUCUGCUCGGCGAACGUCAGCCAAAGAGGAUGUCGAUUAUAUUUGCCGUGGUGGGCGCGAUUCUCUGCUGCGCUUCCGGCGUCGUGCUCAUCUACGACUGGAGUAAAUUGCAGCAGGACAUGAUAUACAAAUACUGGGAUCAAUACUCUGAUCAGGUGGUCGCCAGCGGGGUCUUCGCGUUACUGGCAUCGGUCGUGUUUCUGAUCGAGGCGUUCGUAACGAGAAAAAAUGAGUAAGGUAUGAAAAGCGAAUAAAAACAAGUUUGGCGAACUGCUUCGACCGGGAACCUAAAUACGCGCUGUAACGGAUUAACCGAGCGAUCAUUGCGUAACACCUGGAACACGGGAAACAUACGUACCUACUGCACACGUUACACGCAUCACGAGAACAACGGUUUCCUUUCCAGUUAAAGAGUCUCUAUUUACCUAUUGCGUAAGGCUUGAUUCGAAAAAAAUAAGGUCGCAGCGUCAUACACGCAUACUUUAUUUCCCAACAAUAACAAUAAUUGCGACAAAGGAAUGUAUGUAUAAUGUGCAUUUUACAAGUCAUGUAAAUUUUAACCGCCCCAGUUUACCAUACUAAUAUACGUAUAAUAUGAUACUCAGUGUACUCAAUUUCAAUUUCUAAUAAACUGACUACCCCGCAAA